UAUAAAAUGAGGGGCUUUAAGCCAGUAAAGUUAGAGCUGUUUGGUAGCUUUUGGUAUUCCCAUUGUGAAGAAUCAAACUGACUUAAAGACAAUAUGCCAGGACGUUUACUCGGUGCUUUACUGCUUAUUUUGGUUCUGGGAUUGGAGCAGGGAUCCUCUUCUGUUCUAAAUGACGUAGGCCGAUUUGAAGGAGACACCCACACCAUUGCUGAACUGAAUGACCUGGACAUGGAACUGGAGCAAGAUAGCGUGCCGGCCGAUGUUUGCAAAAAAAUCAAAGAUGAAUUCAAAGCCGUGGAGAAAAAAUCCAUGGCUGAAGCCAAAAGAGAAAAACCUAAUAGCUUACAAAAAGGGAUAAAAGUAGUGGCCUUCCAGAUACUACAACAUGGUAAAAGUUCAAUUGCGGACGAGUCGAAAGUGCGUAGGACUUUACAAAACGAAGCUUGUGUCAAUCGCGCCAUUGGAGACAUCUGUAAGAAGAGCAGUGUUUUGAACCUUUUAGGAAUAGCUGCAAGUGGGGAGGAGAGAAUAAGCAUCUGCAGGGAAAAGGUUCUUCAAUGUUUAAAACAUAGACCAUUAGGGAGCGUAGAAUGUCCAGAUAAGUCUAAGGAGGAGGCCCGUUUUAGAACAAUUGAUGGGACUUGCAAUAAUGUGCGUCGACCCUUAUUUGGAGCAGCCCAUACUCCAUUCAGACGAGUACAACCAGCUGAUUAUGAAGAUAAGGUCUCGUCACCUCGUGUGGCAGAAAGUGGAGACAAGUUGCCCAACGCGAGAAAUGUGAGUCGUUUCGUCCAUGCCAGAAAUGCAAACCGCAAAAACCCUGAUUCUCCAACGCUGACACACUUGGCCAUGAAUUGGGGUCAAUUCAUGGACCAUGACGUAACGCUGGCGGAAGAACAGGAAUGUGACUGUGAAACCCUUAACUCUACUGAGCCAGAGUGUUUCAACGUUAAGGUUCCGUCCGAUGAUGAUGUCUUCCAGAGGAGGGAUGUUACAUUCUUCCAGGUGAUUCGAGAUGCUCCCCAUGGAUUUAUAGCAGAGUGUUCACCAGGACCAAGAGAGCACACCAACACGAUAACAGCUUUCAUCGACGCGUCCAACGUUUACGGCUCUAGCGAGGAGGAAGCUGAACACCUUCGAACCCCUGAUGGAAGAAUGAGAAUUAUGAAAACUCGUCACGGCUGCCCUUUGGGGGAUCUUUUACCAGCACAAACAGAUCCUGAGAUACCAUGCGUAUCAAGAGAUCCUAACAGACCUUGUUUCAUAGCCGGAGACGAACGUGUGAACGAGAAUCAAGGUCUUAUGUCAGUUCAUACUCUGUUCGUCCGGGAACACAACCGAAUAGCAGAGUUUUUUGGUAAAAACACAGAUUGGGAAGCAGAGCAGAUUUACCAGGAGACCAGGAGAAUCGUUGGGGCGGAAUUACAAGUUAUUACAUACAAUGAGUUUCUGCCACUGCUUCUUAGCCCCAGAACGAUCAGAAAAAACAAUCUCGCUCUGCUGAAAGGAAGCCGGUAUUUCAAUGGUUACAACUCUGGCGUCAACGCCCAAGUGUCCCAGGCCUUUUCUGCGGCAGCUUUCCGAUUUGGGCAUAGUUUGGUUCAGGAGGAGUUUCUACGUUUUACUCAAGAGGGUUUUGAACACAAAUGCAGCAAAGACUCAGAGUACACUCCCAUCCCAGUACUGGACUUUGGUAAUCCAACCUACCUAUAUGACAAGUGUAAUGGUGGUGUCGAUGCCAUCUUUAGAGGCUUGGUGAAGAGUCCAGCAGCCAAAGUUGAUGGGCGUUUUUCAAGCUCUGUACAAGAAAACCUGUUUCGAGGCCCCGGUGACUUGUCCGACCUCAUAGCCAUCAACAUCCAAAGAGGACGAGAACGCGGUGUGCCUUCAUACACGACAUAUCGAAACACGUUUUGUAAAAUUACACCAAAAGUAAACAACUUCGAAGAUCUGAAAAACGCUGGAAUUGGCGAAAAAGAUAUAAAUAAUUUGAAGUCCCAGUACCAGUCAGUCCAGGACAUCGAUCUUUUUGUUGGAGGAAUGAUGGAGCCUGCAGAUCCGGAGGGGGGAGCACUAGGGAAAACCUUUCAAUGUCUGCUAGCCGAGCAGUUCAAACGACUGCGAGUGGGUGACCGCUUCUGGCAUGAAAAUGCGCCGAACCGAGCAAAGAACACUGAUAAAACAGCUUUCACGUCUCGCCAUUUGCAAGAAAUAAGAAAAGUCACUUAGGCCAAGGUGAUCUGCGACAAUUCUGAGAACAUCCCUUCUAUCCCCCGGAGGGUAUUACAACAGUCAAAGAUAUUCACCGAUUGUAAUAAGCUGCCCGAAAUGAACUUGAAUGUGUUUAAAUCAGGUUUCAGAUAUGGAUGGCUAAGGUUCAGGGGGGACACUCCAAACCUUGACGAUGAAUAUGACGAAGGAACGACCGGUAAGCCAUCCACGAAAAUGGAAUAAUUCAUUGGCUUCUCGGCUCCGAUUGGCGGAUUUCUACUUUUUUAUUAAACGAUAUAGAUUAAGUCUACUAGGGUUUAAGGUUUAAUAUUGAGUGCGCGGGAAGAAGAUAGCGGUUUGAAGAAUACUAAUUAAAAUUCUUACAGUGGAGUAGGAGAGUUUGCACGGAUAAGCUUGUUAGUGAGAUUUAACGCCUCUUUGUAAUUGGUUGUGUUGUUUUCAAACUUAAUGGGGAUGGUGCCCUUAUUUUUACCAGUCUCAGCCUACAAGAUAUUGCCAUUGAUGGAUCCGAUAGGCAUAAGACUGUUCUUGCUGUUGCUGUCGUUUUUUGCAGUUUUAUUCAAAGAGGUUCAUGUGUAAUUUCAACAAGGCCAUCUACAUCUGGGUGAACCAUUUUGGAAGCUCGCUAUAUUUCGCUUCAGAUAGUCAUAGAAUAAACUCCAUUGAUGCAUUAA